CCCCCCCAUUUCCACAGCGGAGCGUGUGUGAGUGUGUGUGUGUGGGGGAGAUCGUGUGUUUGUUGUGUUUUUGUUCUGCUCAGUCGGACCCGCUGUAAGGAUGGCCUCCGACGGUAUGGACGAGCGCUCGCCGCUGCUGCCCGGACAGAACUCGGGCAAUGUCACGCCCACAGCGCCGCCGUACCUGCAGGAGGGCAGCGGCAGCCCGAGAGCUGAGCUGCCUCCUCCCUACACAGCCAUUGCCAGUCCAGAUGCUGGAGGGGUUCCGGUCAUCAACUGCCGAGUGUGCCAGUCUCUUAUAAACCUGGAUGGCAAGCUCCAUCAGCAUGUGGUGAAGUGCACUGUCUGCAACGAGGCCACGCCUAUCAAAAACCCACCAACAGGAAAGAAGUAUGUUAGAUGUCCCUGCAACUGCUUGCUAAUCUGUAAAGACACAUCUCGAAGGAUAGGAUGUCCUCGGCCCAACUGCAGACGCAUCAUCAACCUGAGUCCGGUGAUGGUUAUCCCGGAGGAGCAGCCUGCACAACCAGCCCUUCCUGUUCAGCCCGAGGGCAUGCGUGUGGUGUGCGGCCACUGCGGUAACACGUUCCUUGGCAGCGAUGCUGCGUCCCAGUCUGCCUCUGGCCUGCGUAUUGAUGGUGCCUCUGCUCCCUUCAAGUGGAUGGAGCUCCGAUUUAAUACACUGGCCAAGUGCCCACACUGCAAAAAAAUCUCGUCUGUUGGCAGUGCUCUGCCUAGGAGGCGCUGUUGUGCCUACAUCACAGUAGGAAUGAUCUGUAUUUUCAUCGGAAUUGGAUUAACAGUGGGCACUCAAGAUUUUGCUAGCCGUUACCAUGCUACCUACGUUUCCUGGGCCUUCGCGUAUCUGCUGGGCCUUAUCUGUCUGGUACGGGCCUGCUACUGGGGAGCGAUUAAAGUCAGCUAUCCAGAGAACACCUUCGCGUAGACAGUGUCCAUCAUUCAACAAGUCCUUUUAGUAUUUCAUUUUAUCCUGAUUUUAACAGGUGUACAUUUGAAUGGUCGUUCGAUGUAGAAGAACUAAAAUCCAGCCUGGGGUUUUGCCGUGACUAAGAAUGUUGAACUUUUAAUCUUGAUUGGCUCUGAUAUUUAUUGUUUUGCUGAAUUAAGCUUGUAAAUGGUCGGAUGAGGUAGAAUAUUGAAUAAACUGAAAUCUGUAUUGCUGACGAUUAAUGAAAAGUUGAUCAGAUGGAAUUUGGUAUAAGUUAAGUGUGCUUGGCAGGCCUCAAGGAGUUUGACUGACUGGCCUCAAGUAACUAUGACCCCUACUGGAUGGAGAGUGUAUACAUGUUACUGCAUUUUGUUACUGACCUGACCAAAAGAGAUGAACAAUUUGCCCAUUGCACUACACCUUUUAUGCAAUUAUAUUCUGUUAUUUUGCUGCUAGCUGUCACAGCUGUAAAAAGCUGAAAGUUAAUGUAUUAAGAAAAUAUCUGCCCACACUCAACAAGGUACUGUGUUGCAUUUAAACCUUCAGAUGUCUGUAAUGUUCCUUACGGUCCUGUGCCAAUGUUCUUAUUCAUGUGUCUCUGGGGUGAGGGGGGAGGUCCCUCAGAGGAAGUUUUAUCAGUAUUCUCAAAUUCAUGCCGAUUAAGCCGCUGUAUCUCACUGUAAGCAAUAAAAUCUCUAGUUUUGUGGCUUUCAGAGUAAAAAAAAACAGCAUGCUCACACACGCGCACACACUGCACCUGUUUAUUUGACUCAUCAGUCAGCAGUGAGAUGUUACAUGUACUGAAUGGAGAAAAUCACACAUGCAUGAUUUUCGUUUGAUUAUUUUGUACCGCAGAACAGUGUUCGAUUUCUCUGCCACUGAAAAGGCAGUGUUGAAGUAUUAGACCCUGAAUCUAGUGCUGUUCCCUAUAAGUAGAAUGAACAUGCCUCUGCUGCUUGCCUGAUUCCGACACAUGGUCAGUCCUCGCUAGCGCCACAGUAGUUCCCUAACUUCGACAGGACAAAUGGGCACAACUGUAGUUACUAAUCUUGUUCUGAAUGUGACAAAUUAAUAAAUUCUUUGUACAUAGUUUGUUCGGUACAACGAGACUGUAGCUUGAGUUGGAAUAUGGUUUGGGUCUUUUUAAAACUGAUAAUUUAUCAAUAAAAUGGAGAGGAAAAUUUUA